AUGGAUGAGGAUGAAGGUCAGCGAGUUGUUGAGCUUUUUAGGUAUCUCACUUAUGAAGAGGAUACUAGCAGGCUACGCUGGCAGUCACAUACGGGCGACCAGGACGAGCAACACCUUAAGCUGCCAUCUCACGCCCCCAAGAUUACCACCGCGAACCGUACCGUACAAACGUCGAAUCCUGAUAUUACACUGCUUGCCCUUUGCCAAUUCGCAGCCACCAGGUUAGAUGCACAAGUGGUUGGAGUAUCUCUCCUUGGACGUCAUGGCCAGUAUAUUCUUGCACAAUCCACCCAAUCACUUGAGCUUGAUGGAGCUGCCUCGGACAAGGAAUCCAAGGAUGGUGAGUGGUUGGAUAUUACUCAAGGGCAUUGGCAUUACAAUCUUUGUCAGAAGAGCAUCCACACGAAAGUCCAAGAGAGUGCUGAAGUGCCGUUGUAUGGCAUCGCAGAUGUCAGCCUGGAUGCAGGCCUUGGUAUGCUGUCCUGUGUGAAAGGACCCCCUUUCUUGAGAAGUUUCUGGAGCACGCCAGUUCAUACUGCGAAAAGCCACAAGAUCGGGGUUUUGUGGCUGCUGGAUGACAAAGUUCGUCAGGAGCCCAGGAACGGGCAGAUGAGAUUUAUGCGGGCUAUUACUUCUCUGGUAAUGCGUAACCUCGAAUCACGGAAGGAGAGCAUCGAACGUCAAAAAGUCCUGAGGGUGGUGCAAGCGAUUGACUAUUUCAUUGAUGGAGCUCAGGAGAACCAUGAUGCGCGCAACUGGAACUCACCUGCACGUGAUGCUUCUAAGGGCCCGGCUCACUUGCACUCUUUAGAUGCAGCGAAUCAGAGCAAAGGCGAUGCCCAAGCACAACUGCAGGGUGGAAGUUCCUCUAAUUCUUACACUCCAACCGUGACUGAACGUUCUCAGGUUGCAAAGAGGACAAGAGAAGAUAACAUUGUUGUCUCCAAGCCAGAAACUUCUGCAGAUGAGGAAAUGAUGGAUUCAAAGGACAAGCAUGAUCGAGAUCUUGUCUAUGCUAGAGCUUCCUACCUGAUUAGAGACAGCUUGGCAAUGCAAGGAUGCGUGUUUUUUGAUACCUCAGCAGGCUUCUUGGAUCUUUUAACGGUUCCACAUUCGCACAUGAACGCCUCCAUGAUACUCCAUGCAGAAGUACUGGGGUUUGCGCUCCAUAAUUCUUCAUCACUGGAUGGAAGUCGACCACAAGAUGCUGAUGAAUUCCCGUCCUUGGAAGAAGAUUUUCUUCUACAAUUAACUAGAAAAUACCCGAAUGGCACGAUGUGGCUGUUUCGAGAAGAUGAUUCAUUAUCCACCUCCACUGACGAAGGAGGAUGUGACCGGCCCUCGGCCUCAGAGAGUGCUUCACGAAGUAAAAGAAAUGGGCAGAUCUUGUUCGUGCCACUGUUCGAAGCAGAGCUGUCACGCGCCACAGCAGGAUGUUUUGCUUUCACCACGGACGUUACGCGCAUCUUGUCUGCUGAGGCUGAGCUUGGUUUCGUCAAAAGCUUUGUCAAUAGCGUUGGGGCACAAGUCGCUCGAAUCAACGCGGUCGCUGCGGACGAAUCCAAAAAUGCGUUCAUAGGCUCGAUAUCUCAUGAAUUAAGGUCACCACUUCAUGGAAUACUUGCUGCUGCCGAAUUCCUUGAAGAUACGAACCUGGAUACGUAUCAGAAGAGUCUCAUCAGCACACAGGUCAGCUGUGGGAAGACGCUGCUACAAGUCAUUGAGCAUGUCUUGGAUUACUCUAAAAUCAACAGCUUUGAGAAGGAUGCGCAGGCUGCCUCCCAGCGAGGAAGCUCGGUGUGCAGUGACCGCAUACAAUUUGGGUCCAAGAUGCAAAACUUGUACGCCAACACGGACAUUGCAGAGCUGUGCGAGGAGGUAGUAGAAGGAUCAGUGGCUGGGAAAUCUCACAUGCAGUCAGAUCAUGGUGUUAUUGGGUCUUCGGCCGAGUCAUAUGCCAGACUCGAUCAGGGUGAGUGGCUAUCAAAGCAGCGGGGCCACAAGGACGAUACGUAUGGCUUCAACAAGAACGUUGCAGUCAUACUUGAUUUCGACUAUCAGAAAGACUGGACUUAUGUGACUCAACCAGGAGCACUGCAGCGGAUUCUUAUGAACAUUUUGGGCAACUCACUAAAGUAUACGGCGUCCGGCUGUAUACGCGUUCGAUUAGGCGUCCAAAAUUUUGAUGAUCACAUUGGCGAGUUGUCAUCAAUUAUAACUCUUAGUGUUUCGGACACUGGAAGAGGCAUUUCGCUGGAUUUUCUGCGGAGGAGACUUUUCGAUCCCUUCUCGCAGGAAGACCAUCUUUCGACAGGUUGCGGCUUAGGCUUGUCAAUUGUCAAGUCUUUGGUCAACAAUUUGAAAGGGAGCAUGGAGGUCGGCACGACUGUCUCGCUUGAAAUUCCGCUGUCUCGGAGCGACCAGAAUCACUCUGCCGAGCAUUCUGUUCCUUCGAUAAAACCCACUGAAGCUGAAAAUCUUUGUCUAUCUGACAAAGAUAUGCGGGUGGGAUUUAUUGGCUUCAAGUCUGAUGGCAGGGUAAAACCUCCUGCAUUCGAAGGGCGCGAUGGCACUAUCAAGGAGAGCAUCAGGAAGUCAGUGGCAAAUUGCAUGGUUGAUUGGUUGCAAAUGAGACCCUAUCCAGAAUCAGAUGAACACGUUCACGACGCUGAUUACGUCGUCGUCCUGGUCGACGAGCGGAUCACCGAUUUCAUCCAACCCUAUGUCGAAGAUGUGCAGAAACAGCAGCCGCGAGUGAUCGCUCUGCUUGCGAGCGAAAUGCGUCGAAGGGAAGUUGAGGAUAUGCUAGGUCGAUCUAUUCGUGCCUUCGAAGUCAUGAGCGCUCCAUUUGGUCCACGAAAGAUGGCGAGGGCAGUUGCUGCCUGUGAAGAAGCCGCCGCACAGUGGAAGGGGCAAUAUCGCCGACCUCCACCACUGACCAUUCUUGAGAGAUUGAAGGCUCUUCAGGCCGACCUUGACGUUGAAUCAUAUUUACUACAGCGAGAAGAUCCGGUUAUCAUUCCUAGAAGCAGCAAUGAACAUCUCCCGGACACAUCUCAGUCGACCAAAACUUCACAUAUUGCAGACACCCCGCAGCAGAGAAAGCCACCCUGCGAACAUGAAGAUGCAGCAAAAGCAUCAUCACCUUCUCAAUCAGAUUCAGGCCAUAAACAAGGUGUUUCACCUCCAAACCCUCGUCUCCUACUGGUAGAUGACAACGCCAUCAAUCUCCGCCUCCUGGAAACCUUCAUGCGCAAACGUCAAUACGACUAUACAUGCGCAGAGGACGGUCUCCGUGCUGUCGAAGCAUUUCGCGAUGCCCAACAACAACAAAAAGAGAAACCCGGGUCAGCAUACCGCAUCAUCUUCACGGACAUCAGCAUGCCGGUUAUGGAUGGUCUGAAGGCCACGCGAGCGAUCCGCAAGCUUGAGCAGACACAACGGGAGGAAUACGAGAAGGAAAAAGGAAGUAGUGAGGCCGAAGGGGCUGCCAUAACAUCAUCACCACCACCACCACCACCACCACCGGCAUUGAUAGUGGCGUUAACAGGACUGGCGAACAGCCAGGAUCAAACGAGUGCAUUUGCCAGUGGCAUUGACAUGUUCAUGACCAAGCCGGUUAAAUUUAAAGAGAUUGGCAGGCUUCUGGAUGACUGGUUUCAAGGUGCCGAGGGGGCUGGCGUUGGCACUAUCAAUAGAGGUACAUAG